ACGCUUCUCCCCACCACACCAUUGGAAAACAAAGCAGAGGUCAAGUAGGAUUCGUCCACCGGAGGAGCGAUCCAAUCCCCACGCGCCGCCGCCGUGUCUCUCGAUCUCCGCCUAACAAACACUGCCCCGGAUCGCCAGUUCAUAGGAUUACUGUCACUGCCGCAAUUAGGUCAGGAGAUUCACCAGGAAAAACAAAAAAGAAAAGAAGCAAUUCGCAUUGACCCGUCCGAUCGCCGGUUUCCUUCGUUACCCCUCCGCCGCUUCCUUCUUCCGAUCUUCUUCCUCAGGGGGCAGCGGUGGCCUCGGAAUACGCAUGAGCUGUUUGGUGAAGCCUUGUUUCUCUAAUCCCAACAAAAGCCCCCUCUCUAAUAUCUGCCCCCCUCUCUUCUCCAGUAUAUUUAAUUCCCGGGCCAAAAGUGUAGCCAUCAAUUCGCUGGUCCUCAGAUUGUUGCGAUUGUUAUCGCUGCUGAAUAUUAAUUUUAAUUUAUUUGAUUCCGAUUGCCAUUCUUCUUCUUCUUCAAUUAACCAUGGAGUCCAGGAGUAAUAACUACAAUCUCCAGAUCCAAAGAGGCUUAUGCUAUUCAAGUGAUGAGACUCCUGAGAGGAGGCUUUCGGCUUCUCCGUCUGUCAUAGUGAUUGGUGCCGGCUUUGCAGGACUUGCAGCUGCCCGAGCUCUUUCUGAUGCUUCAUUCAAGGUUGUAGUGUUGGAAUCAAGAAAUAGAAUUGGUGGCCGUGCACAUACAAAUUACUCGUUUGGUUUUCCUGUUGACUUGGGGGCAUCAUGGUUACAUGGGGUCUGCGAUGAGAAUCCUCUUGCACAUGUAAUUGGAAGACUUGGGCUACCUUUGUAUCGCACCAGUGGGGAUAAUUCAGUCUUAUAUGACCAUGAUUUGGAAAGCUAUGCACUCUUUGACAUGAAUGGGAACAAAGUUCCCCAGGAGUUGGUUUCAAAUGUUGGAGUAACCUUUGAGAGCAUUCUGAAAGAGACAGAAAAAAUCAGACAGGAAUUUAGUGAAGACAUAUCUAUGAAGCGUGCAAUUUCUUUGGUGUUCGAGAGAAGGCCAGAUUUAAGGAUGGAUGGACUUGGUAAUAAGGUGUUACAGUGGUAUCUCUGCAGAAUGGAAGGUUGGUUUGCUGCUGAUGCUGAUACCAUAUCACUUAAAUGUUGGGAUAAGGAAGAAUUACUUCCUGGAGGCCAUGGUCUUAUGGUGAGGGGUUAUCGUCCCGUGAUAAAUACACUUGCAAAAGGUCUAGAUAUCCGCUUAGGGCACAGAGUUGAAAAAGUCGUGAGGCGUUAUAAUGGAGUGAAGGUAACAGUUGAGGAUGGGAGAACCUUUUUGGCUGAUGCUGCAGUUGUGGCUGUUCCACUUGGGGUGUUGAAAUCGAACCGUAUCACAUUUGAGCCCAAAUUGCCGGACUGGAAGGAAGUUGCCAUUAAGGAGCUUGGUAUAGGAAUUGAGAACAAGAUAGCCCUCCACUUCGGAGAUAUAUUUUGGCCUAACGUUGAGUUCUUGGGUGUUGUGGCUGAGACUACUUAUGAGUGUAGUUACUUUCUUAACCUCCACAAGGCCACAGGGCAUCCUGUCCUUGUUUAUAUGCCUGCAGGGCAAUUGGCUCGCGACAUUGAGAAGAUGUCUGAUGAGGAUGCUGCUAAGUUAGCUUUCACUCAACUCAAAAGGAUACUUCCCAAUGCAUCGGAACCGAUUCAGUAUCUUGUUUCUCACUGGGGGACGGAUGUGAACUCGCUGGGAUCGUACAGCUACGACACAGUGGGGAAAUCCCAUGACUUGUACGAAAGGCUUAGAGUCCCAGUCGAUAACCUGUUUUUCGCAGGAGAGGCCACGAGCAUCGACUACCCGGGGUCCGUACACGGCGCGUACUCCACCGGAUUAAUGGCAGCGGAAGACUGCAGGAUGCGCGUGCUGGAACGGUACGGGGAGUUGGAUCUGUUCCAACCAGUCAUGGGUGAGGACACCCCUGUCUCUGUUCCCCUCCUCAUCUCCCGCAUCUAAAACAACAACCUGGGGACUGUUUUGUGAACAACUGUCUGUCGGGGAAUUCUCACACAGUAGUAGUAAAUAUGAUCAAAGCACUCCCAGUUCCUGUGUUGUCUUAGAUUCUGUUGUUAUUUAUGAGUGCUGGAUAAUGAUGACAGUUAUUGUGGGUUGAAACACUUUUAACGGAUAUAAUUAUUGUGGAUUUUGACAUGAAUGUCUCUCUAAAUACAUUAAAAGUUUAAUGAAUCUGAACAAACAUU